GGACGUGAGAUUGGUGGACGCAAGUAAAUGCUCUGGAAGAGUGGAAAUCCUCCAUAAUGAUAUUUGGGGAACGGUUUGUGACGAUGAUUGGGAUAUCAAAGAUGCGAAUGUCGUUUGCCGACAAGUUGGAUGCCCGUCGGCCAACGCUACACAAGAGGAUGGCAGUUUUGUGGCAGGCAGUGGGAAGAUCUGGAUGGACCAGGUUGCCUGCAAUGGUUCCGAAAUGUUCUUGUCGGCCUGUUCCUUCUCAGGAUGGGAGGUUCACGAUUGCACGCACGCCGAAGAUGUUGGCGUUACCUGUGAUGGAGAUGUGGACGUGAGAUUGGUGGACGGAAGUAAAUGCUCUGGAAGAGUAGAAAUCGUCUACAAUGAUAUUUGGGGAACGGUUUGUGACGAUGAUUGGGAUAUCAAAGAUGCGAAUGUCGUUUGCCGACAAGUUGGAUGCCCGUCGGCCAACGCUGCACUAAAGGGUGGCAGUUUUGGGGCAGGCAGUGGGAAGAUCUGGAUGGACCAGGUUGCCUGCAAAGGUUCCGAAAUGUUCUUGUCGGCCUGUUCCUUCUCAGGAUGGGAGGAUCACGAUUGCACGCACGCCGAAGAUGUUGGCGUUACCUGUGAUGGAGGUAUGGAGCUAAUAGUCAUGGCGCCAUAGAGGCGCAUAACAAUGGAGCCAUGGAGUCAUAGUCGUAGAGUAAUUGUGCAAGAAUAGUUAGAGAGCCACAGCGCCGUAGCAACACCGUCGUAAAGUCAUAAGGGUCAUAGUCACAGAUC